GCAGCAGUAUGGCUGCGCCCAGGGGCGGCAGGUGCGGCCGGUUGGAGUCGUGUCUGGUCCCCGGGGAGCGCUCCGCGUGGGCGUCCGCAUGGAGCGGGCCGAGUUCUGGGUCUCCCUGACGGCUGGUGGGAUAGCUGGUGUGUGCGUUGACUUGAUAUUAUUCCCUCUGGAUACCAUAAAAACUCGACUGCAGAGUCCCCAAGGAUUUAAGAAGGCUGGUGGCUUUCACGGCAUCUACGCUGGCGUUCCUUCUGCUGCUGUAGGAUCCUUUCCGAAUGCUGCUGCCUUUUUUGUCACCUAUGAAUAUGUGAAAUGUUUGUUGCAUACUGUCUCCCCUCCGUAUAUGAGUCCAGUAACACACAUGGCGGCCGCCUCCUUUGGAGAAGUAGUUGCCUGUCUAAUACGGGUUCCUUCUGAAGUUGUAAAGCAGAGGGCUCAAGUUUCUCCUUCAUCCAGUACCUUUCAAGUUCUUUCCAACACCUUAUAUCAAGAGGGUAUUCAAGGACUUUAUCGAGGUUACAAAAGCACUGUAUUAAGAGAGAUUCCUUUCUCUCUGGUGCAGUUUCCCCUUUGGGAGUCCUUAAAGGAUCUCUGGUCAUGGAAGCAGGGUCACGUGGUUGAUUCUUGGCAGUCAGCAACCUGUGGAGCUUUUGCAGGUGGAUUUGCAGCUGCAGUCACCACACCUCUAGAUGUAGCAAAGACAAGAAUUAUGUUGGCAAAGGCUGGUUCCAGCAAUGCCAGUGGGAAUGUACUCUCUGCCCUGCACAGUGUCUGGAGGUCACAAGGGCUACCUGGAUUGUUUGCAGGUGUUGUCCCUCGAAUGACAGCAAUCAGUCUGGGAGGAUUCAUCUUUCUUGGGACAUAUGACAAAACUCGCCGCUUGCUGCUCUGAUUUGGAGUAGAGAUUCCUGUGAAUCAUAGCAAAGAGCCAAAGAUCUGCUGCUUUCCAGAAAGAAUACACUCAUCAAAGUACUCAUGCUGCUUCUCAGGCUUCUUUAUGUGGCUGAGGAGCUGGUCAACUCCCUAAACUCAUAUUUUCACUAUUAAAAGAAAAGUCCUUCAAUAAUCCAGUUUCCCUAACUUAAAAUUUCCCAGCAUGGAAAGCAGUGAAGUCAUAGAGAGACUUGUGCCAAAAAAGUAACAUGUGGGGGUAGACAGCUAAUUACAGCAUCUGCAAACAGCAUUAUCAGAACUCAGGCAAGGAAAACGUUUUGUAAACCAAAAGAACAUGGUUUGAGCAGCAAAAAUGGAAUAAAUGAAUUUUCAUUAGAGACACCUGAUCCUCAGCAUCAAGGCUGCUUUUAAUUCACUGGAGGAGUUGACAUAGCUGCAAUCAGCAGGCAUUUAAAGACUCUAGAAAGUAUUCUUAGCUGGGAGGCUGCUGGGGAAAAGUAAUGCCCAUUUGUUUCUGAUUUGAGCUGUAUUUUGAAAGUUUAUCCCACCGUUUAUACCUGCAGGUGCAUAGCAAGCACUCUUAUGUGGUAACCAGUGUGGGGUUUUUAAUUAGACUCAGCUUUCUCCAGGAAAAGUACAAUGCUGUAUUAUUUUACAGGUAGCCUGUCCAACAAUGUUGCCUAUGAAAA